AUGAGCCGUCUGCUGGACGAUUGGCCGACAUCCCCCGAACAGUCUCUGAAGGCUAUGGACGCUUUCCUAGUGUCUCUACAAACGAAGAAGAAUUCCGAUGUGGAGUCGAACGACCAACCCGGGCCCGCUGUGCGACUCGUGCUGGAGGGACUCGACAUUGUUCUUGAGGAACUGACGACACCGCCGUUCGACAGCCAACUCUCCGACUUAAUCCAGAGCCACCUUGAGCCUAUCCUUACUGCGAUGAGGCUAUGGCUACUGAAUCAAACCGACACUCCUCUGAAGGAAAGGUUCUCGGCCACGAUUUUCCAACUGUAUGACAUGAUUGCGUUGAGCGACAACCUCGAGCUCGCCUUGCUCUCUUCCCCUUGUGGAUCGCAGAUGGUCGCUCUAGCACUCACACAUGACAGUGGCCUUGACCCUCCAUCGAAAACGCCAAAUCCUGAAGACUGGGACAAGUGGCUCAUCGCAGUGGCCAACGUACUGGGCGGAGCUGUUUCUCACAAAGCAUCUGACCAGGUUCUUAGCCGAGUCUACUCCCUUCCUCAAACAAAGCUCGACAACUUCAUCGCAAACGUCGAAUCAUUCAUCUUACGCGUCACCCGUUUCGCUGAGAGCGCUGCGACUGACAAGGCGGAGUCUGUGUGGUUCAUCUACCGAACUGUUCACUUCGUCUUGGCAACACUGGCCCACGACACACGAUUCGUCCGACUUUUGGCCCCCAAACGAUACACUACCAAGUUCUUCAAAGCGUCAGCUAUCGUUCGCAGAAACAUCAGGCUCGAUGAUCAUGCCACCAACGAUCUCCAUCGCUAUAUGUCUGACGCAGUCCAUUGGAUCCUGGAACAUCGGUCGGAAGGACUGUGUCUGAUGAUUGACUUGCUCGAGAAUGGCAUUUUGGUAGAGAUCUCUGAGAUCCUCGCCACCGGUGUUGACAUACCUGAGGCACUCGAUGUGGCGUUGGACCGCAUUCCUCAAUACCUCAUCUCUCGUAGAGUUCAAAACUUGGUUUCCGGGUUUAUCGAUUCGUUGUCUCCGACUAUGGCCUCCAGGUUGAAGCAUCCUGGUUUCCGGUAUUUCAGUUGGCUCACGGGGUAUAAAUUUCUUCUCGAUAUUCACGGUCGCCUGUCUGUCGAUAAGACGACCACCAAGUCCGUUCUCUGUUUUAAUCCGAUGCAUGGCAAAAGAGCGACAAGCACCGAUCCGGUACCAAAGGCCUGUCGCGGCUGCUUGGUAGUCGGUUACUGCUCUGCAGAGUGCCAGCGAGAAGAUUGGCAGCUUAUUCACAGGUUCGAAUGCGAUGGCCUCAAACGACAGAAAGAAUCGAUGAAGGAUUACUGGCCUUCUUACCGCAUUGGAUGUCAGCUUUUUGCAGCGCUUGAGUAUCCCCUUCAGGAAUGGGACCAGAGGCGACGCGCUAAUGCCGGCCUUUUCCCUUCAAUUGACAAGACGCGCGUUUACACCUACCAUGGUUGGUCUGGAAUAUUCUGCGAGCCCUUGACCAUUGAGGAGUAUCGUGCAGCCUCGACGAAGCGUCGACCCUGGUCACCGCGUCGGUUCGACACUCUAGUAACGAAAAUGCAAGCACGCGACGAUAUCCAACUAGUUGCAUUCCACGACACUUACGGAGGGAUGGAACUUUAUCUCCUUUGUUUGGUGAAGACGAAGCAGUCCGGAUCUCCGGCGAGAUUCUUUCCUGGGAUGUUCCAGACGUCAGAAAGGUGCGAUUGUUUCCCCUUCAAUCGCAUAAACUUCCUGCUGCUGACGAAGGUCUACAAAAAGGUGUUAUGGGCAGUGUUGUAA